UUUAUUAAUAAUCUCUAAAUAAAAUUUUCAUUUUGACCUAAAAUAAAAUCAAAAAUCUCAGCCGUCCAUGGGGCCCCUUUAGAUCAUCGUCAUCCAUUCAACUUCUCUUCUUCUUCUUCUUCUAGUCGCCGCGUAUCCAUCUUUUUUUCUUGUAAUUACAGUUUUAUACAAGAAAAAAAUCCAAAGUAAACCCGACCCAAUAACCCAACUUCGCCCAGUCCGGCCCAAACGACAAACUGAUGGAGACAAUUCGGACCUUUUGAAAACGGGGGCAUUCCUCAACGUUUAACUUUCGGAAACGAAAUGGAUCCGAUCCGACUCCGAUGAAGGUCUCUUCUACUUAGGUUUUAGGGUUCUAAUCAUCUCAAAAUUUUCGCGCGAAAAUAUGGAUCACGACGGUCCAAGAGGAUUAUCAACCCCGUCGGCGAUGCUGGCUUCUCUGCUUAGUAGAAGAGCCAAGCUUCAAGAAGAGCUUCGAAACAUCGAAAGACAAGUGUAUGAUAUGGAGACAAGUUAUUUACAAGAUCCAACGCAAUGCGGCAACGUUUUGAAAAGCUUUGAGGGGUUCCUCUCUUCAUCUAAGAACACUGCGCUAUUGAAACGGUCCAGGAAGUUCCAGCCUGAAGAUAGGUUAUUCUCAUUAUCUUCGGUCACUUCACCUGCAGCUGAAGACAUUGCUGCUGGUAGAGAUGCAGAUGGGAAAUCAGACCAUGGUCCUGGGCGGUAUAAGGGUGGAGGUUACUUCGCCAAUGGGCAAGGAAAACCAAAGAAGGGAAGAGCUAGAGAUGCAAAGAGAAUGAGGCAUUCUAGUGAACCAGAUUUUGACUAUGAUGAUGAUCCUGAUGUGACAUUGUGAAACUACUUGGAUCUGAUGAAAUGCUUCAAGGCCUUUCCUUUGAGAUUCCAUGUCCAAUCUUUAGAUUGUUUGUCUCAAAACAAUCAGUGAUGGCAGAGGUUAUUUACAGGAUUUUGAAGUGUACCAAAAAAAGAAAAAGGCUUUUUUUAUUUUUCAUAGUGCUCAAAUGGAAUCAGGGGUACAUAUGAUCACUAUGUUAAAUUGCAGUGUAAAUGAACCUGUACAGUGAAAAGCUCCUGGUCAAGUUCAGGCAACAAGUUUCUUCUCUUUUUUAUUUUAAUCAGCAUUUUAAUUAAGGUUAUA